GUUUUCUGUUACGACUCUCUUGAAAAUUGCUAGUAAAGCAUCAAGCACUGAACCUGCAAUCCCAAUACUCCUCCCAAUCAUCUCUUCACCAGCCGACACCAUGAAAUUCUUCAUCACAAACAUUGUCAUUCUCAUCGCAGCUUGCGGCACAAUAGCUGCCCCUCUUCCCAGUAAGUUGGGCCUGGCACUACGUGAGAAGCAUCCCAGAACUCAAAUGCUAAACAAAACACUUACAGACGAAAAGCCAGUUGAUCCAACUCUCUACAACAACGAUCAAGUUGCGCCUGAUGAUUAUCUUGGAGGAUUCUUCUAGGGGACGCACAGUAACGAAGAAAAGGGGACAUCUUGUUGAAGGUCUAUUUUGUACUCAGGUGCCGACAGUAAUGGGGUUUUAGGGACUUGCGUUGCCUGAUUCAUGAGAUGGAUGAGGUGUAACUUGGUGGAUAUCAGCAAUUCAAUGUGGC